CAGGAGCUUAGUCUACUAAACGAACUUCCUGUUGUUAAUGUUGUCUGCUACCAAAACAAAUCAAAGCAAUUUACCAGAAAUUACGCAGUCAAAUGGUCACUUACCAGGACGAAAUUUUAUAUAGUAUGACAAGUAUAGGAAACGGUGCUGAUUUCUUGUUUUAUUUACAGUAAGACACAUUCAAAAGCCCUUAAAUAGGUCUUGAAAAGGCAAAGAAAAUCAAGGCAAACCCCAUAGGAAUUCGACGUGAUGGCUCCAAGAUUCGCCAGUGGAUUUUGGGGCAUUCCAACUGCCACAAUAGAUUGGUGUGAGGACAACUAUAGUGUUACAACAUAUAUUGCCGAAUUUUGGAACACCAUUAGUAAUUUCAUAUUCAUCAUACCCUCAGUGGCUGCUCUGUAUUUUGCCUUCAUUGAUCACAUGGAUGACAGAUACAAAUGGUGCAAUGGAUCAGUAUUAACCGUUGGUCUUGGAUCCUGGUGCUUUCAUAUGACACUAUUAUAUAGUAUGCAGCUUUUCGAUGAACUGCCAAUGAUUUAUGGAUCAGCAUUUCUGAUUUAUUCACAUUUAGAAGUAGAGAAACCUCGCAACCAUGAAAAUAUACCAUUGAAGAUAAUUUUAACAUUGUAUUGUUUAAUUGUUACUAUAGUUUAUUUGCUUACAAAGCAUGUGCUAUUUUUUCAGUUAUCAUAUGGUUUUGUUGUAGUAGCAAUGAGUGUUGUAUGCUGUAAUAAUUUUAGGAAGUAUAGAGAAGCUAGAAACAUUUUUAUAUUUGCCACAGUUACAUAUGCUUUUGGAUUUUUUCUAUGGGAGAUAGAUCAAAACUUUUGUGGAGGCCUUAAAUUAUGGAGAAGUGAAGUAUUGGGACCUUUUGCACCAAUAUUUGAAUUACAUGCAUGGUGGCAUCUUCUAGCAGGAACAGGAACAUAUCUAUCUGUAUUGUAUAGUGCAUAUUUAAGAUCUUUAGUAUUAGGAAAUAAACCAGAAAUAAAGUACUGGAAAAAAGUUUGGCCCUACAUUCGUAUAACUAAUGGUAAAGCAUUGACAUGAUGAUGGUAUUGUUUAGUGUAUGGAUGUAUUGAGGAUGAUUCCAGGUGUGAUUGAUGCUUGGUUGUGACAGGGAGUUUUGUCUGUUGAACACUAUAUUUUUAACUUAUUUCUGAGGGAUGAAUAUAACUCUUAUUACUUUGUAUACUUUUAACCUGUUCUUUGCUGAUAAUAAGAUUUCACUGUCAAUAUCAGAGUCAGUUUUAUUUGAUAGGAAAUAGCAUAAAUAAGUAAAUAAAAUACCAUGACUCGGUAGUUAUAAACUAAUAUAGAUAAAAUAGUACAAUAGUUAUAGAAGAAUGCUACUAGUAUUUUAUGUUGGUAGAUGUAUGCAUUUAUGUAUGAAAAUAUUUAUUUUUGAAGUAAUCGAUAAUGAAAGAGCAUAAAUUUUCUCAAUUGGUGAAACGGGUAUUCAUUCUGUUGCUCCAUAUGUUUAUAGUUAAAAGAUUUCAUUUUCAAGUUCAACAAGAAAUCUCAACACAGUCAUUCAGAUCUAUGUGGCAUUGUGAAUAAUGAGAAUAUGCAUUUCUAUGGUAUUAAUAAUAAUAAUAAUAAUUCUUUAUUUAAAGAGGGUUACACAGUUAGCUAUAAAGCUAAUCUUCCCUGAGGCCCUCAUAUUAGCUGAUCUUUAUUCAGAAUAAUGACUUGAGCCAAGAAAAUCAAGUAUCUGUUUCUUAGACACUGGAUUCUGUGGGCAUUAGCU